GGGAGGCGCAUGCGCGGUGGAGGCGGUGGCGCGUACGGCAGCGGGUGCCUUUCCUUUUUUAUUUUUCUUAAAAAAAAUAUUCCGUCUUUCAGGGGGGACAAAGCGGUAGCGGCUUGACGCCGAGUUAAGCAACGCCGGUGACCACGGAGGUAGAGGGGGCGGAGGGCCUGGCUGGGGGAUGGGCAGCUCCGGGCCCGGGCAGCCUGUGACCAGACUCCGCCUCCUGCCCGCCGCAGCCUCGGCCCCGCAACCCAGCGCAGCGCCGCGCCGCUGAGCCGCCAGCCCGGCCCCGUCGCCCCGCGCCCGCCAGCGGACGCCCCGUGGGGGUGUGGAAAAAUGGCAAAGAGAAUUGCAGAGAAGGAGCUGACUGACAGAAACUGGGAUCAGGAGGAUGAAGCUGAGGAGGUGGGAACAUUCUCAGUAGCUAGUGAAGAAGUCCUGAAGAACAGAGCUAUUAAAAAAGCAAAGCGCCGAAAUGUUGGAUCAGAGUCUGAAAGUGGAGGAGCUUUUAAAGGUUUUAAAGGCUUUAUAUUGCCUUCUGGAAAAGGAGGAGGUGGCUUCAGUGGAUUUGGUAACGGUGCAGGAGUAAAACCUUUAGAAGGGCUGUCUAAUGGAAGCAGUAGUGUCUCCAGCACUCCUUCUUUCGGCAGUUUAAAGACCGCCUCCGAAACACAAUCAGCGUUCGGAUCCACAAUAUCAAAUGGUCCUAUUACUACUGCAUUUACUGAGAAAAAGGCCGCGAGCCCAAAAGCUAAUGGUGGCAAUCAACCAUCCUCAUCUGGCUAUGCUCAGAGUAAAGUUUGUAGCUCUAGUGUUUACCACAAACAGUUAGCAGCUUUAAACUGUUCUGUGCGUGACUGGAUAGUGAAGCAUGUAAACACAAACCCACUAUGUGACCUGACACCCAUCUUUAGAGACUAUGAGAAGUAUUUAGCAAAUAUUGAACAGCAACAUGGAAGCAGUAGUGAUAGCGGCUCUGAAAAUGAAAGCAACAAGACACCUGGCUCUCAGCCUGUUUCUGCAUUUGGGAAUUCAAAGCUACAGCAAGGAUCGACUUUUCUGUUUAACAACAAAAAAACUGAGGAUACUGUGGACAAAAAAUCUGAAGCUGCAUCAGAAAAAAAAGACCCAUCAUUAGGAGCUACAUCAACAGUCUCAUUUAAUUUUGGCAAGAGUGUUGACAGUUCUCUUUUGGGUUCCCUCAGUUCAGGAACGCUUAGUGGUUUCUCAUUUUCUCCUGGGAAUUCAGGUUUGUUUAGAAAAGACGCAAACCAGGCUAAGUCUGGCACUGCAGUAUCCACCAAUGUAUUGGAAGCUCAAACAGAAAGUGGCAAUAGUGAUGAUAAAGGAGGAGAAGAGGAGGAAGAAGAGCCACCAAAAGUAAUUGUUAAUGAAAUAAAAGAGGAUGAUGCUUUCUACUCAAAGAAGUGCAAACUGUUCUACAAGAAGGAUAAUGAAUUUAAAGAAAAAGGUGUAGGAACAUUACACUUAAAGCCAGCAGGAAAUGAAAAAACUCAACUCUUGGUCCGAGCAGAUACCAAUUUAGGAAACAUACUGUUGAAUGUUCUAAUUCCACCUAAGAUGCCAUGUACAAGAACCGGAAAAAACAACGUUCUUAUAGUUUGUGUUCCUAAUCCACCGAUUGAUGAGAAGAAUCCAACUGCUCCUGUCACUAUGUUAGUAAGGGUGAAAACAAGUGAGGAUGCAGAUGAGUUGCACAAAAUCUUACUGGAGAAAAAGGAGGCUUAAACUUGUGUGCUUUUGGGGCUCAGAAGACUGCAUCUCCAGAUAUUUAAAACAAAAUGUGCUUGCGUAGUCUUGUUGACAGUAGCGUUUCCUAGAGAAGAACUGUCAGUUCUGUUCUUACUGUAGCAACAAGCUAAUGAUGUGCAAUAGUACAAGCAGAGAACUGGAAGACUGUUUAUCUUGGACCACAACCACAGCUGGCAUUGACUGACUUCUGACAAGUCAGGGCAGAGGGUUGCACUUCCAUUAUGGUCCCUCCGAAGAAUUCUUCCCUAGUCCUUUGGGCUACAACUGAAACCCAGCAGAGGCAGAGUUGUAAAUGUUGUACUUGUCUUGCUACUCUUACUUUUCUGAAAAUAGCUCUUUUCACAAACAAAUUUCAGGAUUUUUAUAGAUCUUUGUAUUGCCUCUGGCCGCUACCAGGAAAUACAUACAUAAAUGUGUGUCUCAGUUUUAGCACAUGAGGAAAAAUAAUUACUACAGUGCUUUACAGCAUUGUAUUAAGUAAAGCAGUAGUUUGCAGCUUUAGGACAAGCUUUCUGUUGCAAGUAGGGAACACCGGUUUAGUGUGUAACUCAGUUUUCAGCUGUGUUAAAAUUAACUACGUGGCAAUAAUUUGUGGAUCAGGACAUCAUUCUGUUCUCAGUUCCCAUGACUGCUUUACCAGACCAUGUUUGGUUAUUUAAUCCUUUUCUUGUUUGCUGGAAACUCCUUCUCUAACAAUUGCUUUUCUGCUUCACUUCCAGCUCUAGCAAACUAUCCAAGAGCUAGAUGUUAAGAUUAAACUUGAACUGCUCUCAGACCUGUCACACUGGCCAGCUCUGGGGAGAUGGAAGAAACAUGCCAGCCUGCCUCUGGCUAAGGUGGCACAGAGGAAAAAUCCCAUUCCUUAAAAAAAGCAGCAUGAUGUAAUUCUCACAGGGGACCUGGAAAUCCACAAUAGUGGCAUCCUGUAGGUGGGGAAAGAGUAGUAGCACUGUUUAUGAGAUGCAGCACAUCUUACCUGCUCCCCACCCCUCUCUGGGGGGGGACAAACAGCUGCCUUUAGUCCUAGUUCACUGUACAAUUCAGGUUAUGGCCUUUUUCUCCCUCUUAACUAAAAGGAGGAAAAACUUCUUAGGAUCUAUAGCCCUUUUGACCAAAGUUCAAAAACAAAGGCCUUUGCUCAUGUUUCAGCUACGCUUAGGCCACAGGAAUUGCAUUUUUAACACCCAAGCAUAAAGGGAGCUCGGAUACUAGUUUAUAUUUCAAAUAGUAUUUGAAAUAGUGCCUUUUUUUUUUUUUCAUCUGGCUCAGUACUUAACCAUUAAAAGGAAGGGACAUUCCUCAAAAUAAUAUGCUUUUUUUUAAAAAAAAAAAAAGUCUGCCUAAAUUGGAGGCCAAAAGCUGAAGGCAUGCAUGUUAAUUGUGUAUGAAUGAAAAGCAGAACACUGCCUGAAAUUUUAUUACAGGCUCAGGUUUAAUGUUCAAGGGCUGAGUUAAUUUUACAUUUGUCUUUUGACUGUAGUGUCUUAAAUGUGUCUCUGUGCAGAAAGGUUCAUCAACUAGACCGCUGCAUGCGGGAAGUGGAUUUGUUAUGUGUCCCACCUAAGAACAACUCUGUACAGAUUUUUAUUAGUGGUCUUGGGUUUGUGAUUACUACCGAAAGCUUGUGGAUAUGUAACUAUUUGUUCAUCCAUUGAAAUGUGGACCAAUGAACUUGAACAAGUGAGACAAAUGAACUCCCUAGGUAUCCUCACGAUUGUCUCCCGAGUGAGGCUAGCUGGAGUUUUGCACGCAGGUGUUUGGCAAAACAAAAGCUGGCAAACCGAGUAACUGCUAGUGCACCUCUGUCGGGUUUUCAGGAGUGGGGAUCCUGAGGGUGAGCACGCUGUAAGGGGAAAACAAGGAGAAUAAUAAUAAAUUGUGUUGGAAGAAUUAUACCUUAAAAUAUCCAUGGUAGCAAGUAAUAUCUUCUGUUAGCUGUGGGAGAGACUAAUUGAGACAAGACACUUUACUUCUUCAGCAGUGUACGUAUUUAUCAGUAAAGCUAGGGAAAGGCAUAUAAUUGGAAUCUCAUGUUAAUUAGAAUGUCAAAUAAAGGCAUAAACAUGUGAUCUUGCAUUGGGAAAGUUGCCACUAAAAGAUCAUGGAAGAACUUUAGUGAAAAUUAGAGAUUUUAAUCAAUGUCAUUCAUAGUGACCCUGCAAUUAUCUGGAAUAUGAAGUCAUAAACUUUUCACUUGGUGUUAUAAAGCACAAUCCUUGAUGUUUCAGUUUCUAGUUAAGAAAUACUAAAAUAUAUAAGUACUGUAAAAGGCCAGAGAUUACUCAGAAAUAAAGGCCUAAAAUGAGUUAAAAGCAUAAAUUAGCAGAGAGCAUAGAAGUGGCUAUACUGAUGCCUUCGUAACAAAGCGGCAGCUGCUAUAUACAAGGAAGGAAUUUUGAUCAGAAUUUAACCCAGUGAGGCAUUUCUGUAUCUUAGUAGAUAUUUAAUUACCGGAUGUUAAAAAUGCAAGUCUCUUCCCUAAUUGGAGUUAAUGCCUUCACUGUUUUGGCUGUCCGUAGGUGCGGGAGUGUUCAUACAAAUCACAUGUUCUUCCUUCUGCUGUAAUUUUGAAGUUUCAGCUGCUUGAAAAUCUUUCCCUCUCACUUCCCCACUCCCCAAAACAGAAAACCAAGCUCUCUGCUGCUUUUAGUUCUCAGAACCACCUGUAAGGAAGAUUAUUACACUUGGUUUAAAUUUUAUUUUAAGAUGCUGUAUUUGGGGGGGCAUUGUAAUGUACUUAACUAUUUGGGAGCACAACAAGUGUUCCUAUAAUCCCUUUUGGUUGACGGAUGUGAAAGUUUAAAUCAAAUUUACAGUUCAAAUGAACAUUUGUAGAACCUAAACCAAUUAGGAGGUACGCUUUACUAUUAAGACCUUCAGUUCAGCUCCCUUUGCAGCACUAACAUUUAAAAUGUCCUUAAAGAACUUACUUUCGGAUGCCUUAACUUAUUUGCAUUGCUAAAAUUUUGUAGCUGGUGCCUGUGUGCAGAAAUUAAUGAAUAUUAAACAACUUAAAGUGGCAUGAGCUAGUAUAAAUCCAAUGAAAAUGCUGAAUGUGAUGGUUUGUUAAUUGUUAAUAGAUUUCAAACUGCUCUGAAUUUUUCAGUGGAUACUUAAGUUUCACAUAACUUGUCAUGUAACAAUGUUCUCAUUAGUUCUAAUACCUUGAAGUGUACAAAAAUCCAUGGAAAAUGUGAAUAAAUGAAUGGGAGAUAA